AUGCUCGGCGCGUCGAGCAGCGAGGACGAGGACGAUGAGUUUAUCGAGCCGCAGGAUAAUCGAAACCAAAAGCGUUCUUUUCUCUCUGGCCCAACGAUCAGUCCCCGUUCGGCUUCUCCAGCUCCAUCAGACAGCGUUUCACAAUGUAACUCGUUAAAGAGAGACAACUCGCUUGGACCGAAAAGAAAUGAUUCGAUUGGCGCACAGACACCGCAAAGACAGGCAAGAACCGUCUCAACAAUCUCUCGACCAAUCAUGCAAUCAUCACAAGAGAUUUCCGAUGAAGAUGGGAAUCAAGAAGAGCUUCCCGUGAAUCCAGGAGAAGAAAACUUGUCUCGAGAGGAGUUGGAAAGGAUACGCGCUGAAAAUGAGGAAGAAGAGCGUAAACGGAAACUCCAGUUGUAUGUUUUGGUUUCGCGAUGUGUUGCCUAUCAUUUCAACGCAAAACAACCGACAGAUAUGGCGAGGAGACAAAUGAAAGUCAAUAAACAAGAGCUCGCAAGGAUAAAAGAGAGAUUCAACCAGUUUAUAAAAGGUGAAACGCAAAUCGUUGCCGACGAAGCUUUCACUAAAGCGAUUCAAUCAUAUUUUGAGGUUUUUCUUAAGUCCGAACGGGUGAGUAAAGUGGUAAUGGCUGGCGGUUUCUCGCAGCAUGACUUUCGAGAGGUAUUCCGGUGUAACGUCGAGAAACGCAUUCGCAGUUUGCCUGACAUUGACGGCUUGUCGAAAGACACCGUUCUCAACUCGUGGAUGGCGAAAUUUGACACGAUCAUUCGAGGAGACGAAGAUUCAGCAAAUCGACCAGCCAGACCAUCAUUUCGAGGAAACAUGUCUGUAAGAGGCCGACUACGAGGCGCAAAUCAAGCAAAUGCAGAUAUGAUUCAAGGAAAAGAACAACUCUUUGAUAUGUUCCAACAAGUGCUUGGAGUCAAGAAAUUCGAACAUCAAAUCAUUUUCAAUGCACUACAGCUCGAUAAUCUCGACGAGCAAGCGGCCGCAAUUCGACGAGAAGUUACUACAAGAGAAGAGGCGUUAAAAGAUAUUCACAAGAUGCGAAAAAUGAUGCCGAAAUUCGUCGUAAAAGACAUGGAAACUCUCUACAUUGAUGAGGUGCGUCAAUCGAUAAAUCUCUUAAUCGCGAAUCUCGAAUCGGUGCCUGUCACUCCGCGUGGACAAAACGUCGGCAAACAGAACAAGAAUCGCUCUCGAUCGAGUAGUAAGAAGAAGUCUCGCUCCAUUGAGGAUCUGUCGCUGUUUAACAGCUUGAAACGACGAACAAGCUCGAAUUCGCUCGGGAAAACGGAUAGCGAUGACGGAGAAGUACAAUUGACGAAAAAUGAUGUCGUUUUGACGUUUAAUAUGGAGGUUGUGGUGAUGGAGGUGCAAAAUCUGAAAUCAGUUGCCUCAAACAAAAUCGUUUAUUGCACGAUGGAGGUGGAUGGAUGCAAGUUGCAAACGGAUCAUGCUGAAGCUUCAAAACCAUCUUGGGAUACGCAAGGUGAUUUCUCGACGAAAAACCCGUUACCGGUGGUGAAAGUCAAGUUGUACACUGAGGUGAAAAGCAUUGUUUCAUUUGAGGAUAAAGAGCUAGGAAAGGUAAUCAUUCAACCGACGCCGAAUUGCUCAAGAAGCCCCGAAUGGUAUAAAAUGACGGUGACGAAGAAUAGCCCGGAUCAGAAUUUGAGGAUUCGGAUAGCGAUCCGCGUCGAGAAACCGCCAAACCUCAAAUACUGUGGCUAUUGCUAUGCGAUCGGACGAGCCGCGUGGAAAAAGUGGAAGCGACGUUUUUUCUGCCUUGUACAGGUCUCCCAGUAUGCCUUCGCGAUGUGCAGCUAUCGAGAGAAGAAAUCGGAUCCAACAGAAUUGAUGCCACUUGACGGGUUCACGAUUGAUUACAUGCCUGAACCGGAUUCUGAACUUUCCUCCCUUGGCGGUAAAUAUUUCUUCACGGCGAUCAAAGAAGGGGAUGAAUUAAAGUUUGCAACCGAUGACGAGAAUGAGAGACAUUUAUGGGUUCAGGCAAUGUAUCGAGCCACUGGGCAAGCCUACAAGCCAGUUCCACCGAAACAAAGCACCGUUGUGCCCACGAAAGCUCAGGGUUUCGCCGACAAGGCCAGCAAGCAUGGAAUGGAUGAAAUUAUACAGGCUGAUCCGAUUGCUUUCAAUCACGAUCAUUUGUUCUCAGAUCUACAAAAGUUGACGCUAGCUUUUCGCCUCAACGAACCGAUUUGCUCAUUGGGUUGGUUCUCGCCUGGGCAGGUGUUUGUCUUGGAUGAGUACUGUGCUCGGUACAUGGUUCGCGGGUGUCAUCGACAUGUCUCUCUACUAUCGAAUCUCUUGGACAAAGCCGAUCAAGGUCAUCUCGUCGAUCCAACUCUCAUCCACUACUCGUUUGCCUUUUGUGCUAGCCACGUGCACGGGAAUAGACCCGAUGGUGUUGGCACGGUGACACAAGAGGAAAAAGAACGAUUUCAAGAAAUCAAAGAACGAUUGAGAAUAUUGUUGGAGAAGCAGAUCACGAAUUUUCGCUAUUGUUUCCCAUUUGGUCGACCCGAGGGCGCGCUAAAGGGAACGCUGAGUCUUCUCGAGAGGGUAUUGAUGAAAGACGUUGUCUCGCCUGUGCCCCCAGAAGAAGUUCGAGCCGUGAUUCGACAAUGUCUAGAAAAUGCGGCACUCGUCAAUUACACACGAAUAUGCAAUGAGGCAAAAAUUGAACAGCGAAUGAAUCAAGAAGUCUCGCCGGCACAACGAAUCGAGGAUAUGGUCCGAAUCACUGAGUAUUGCAUCGAUUUACUCAAAGAGAAUGAAGAACACCAUGGAGAGGCUUUUGCGUGGUUUUCCGAUUUGUUGACCGAUCAUUCGGAGAUUUUCUGGAGUCUUUAUUCGGUGGAUUUAGACGCUGCAUUGCAGAUGCAACCGGCAGACAGUUGGGACUCAUUUCCUCUCUUCCAAAUGCUCAACGAUUUCUUGAUGAUUGAAGCCACCCUCAAGAACGGUAUCUUCCACACGAAAUUGACUCAACAAUUUCAACCACUCGUCACUCGUUAUGUCGAUCUAAUGGAACACUCAAUUGCUCAAUCGAUUGAGAAGGGUUUCACAAAAGAGAAAUGGGAACCAAGAAAAGAUGGUUGUGCCACUUCGGAGGAUAUUUAUUGGAAAUUGGAUGCAUUACAAGGCUUUGUUCAUGAUUUGAAUUGGCCUGAAGAAGAAUUUCGAAAGUAUUUAACCGUUCGAAUGAAGAGUUUAACAUCGGAUAUGGUCGGAAAAGUGGCUAACAGCACUUAUCAAUGCUUUGAUGGUUGGAUGCAACGCUAUCGAAAGUCUACUGAUUACAUUUUACCCACUGAAGUCUGUGUGAUGAUCAAUGUGAUCUUUUCCAGUAAAACAAGAGCCGUUCGCUUAAGGAUUGACAAUGAGUACAAGGGCUAUCAAUCAAAGCUUGAUGAGACAUUAGACACAAUGUUGCACGAUAUGGAACAUUGCUUACAGGAUAAACUCAUCGGUGUGCUGGAGUUUGUUUUGGGGAAACUCGCGCGCUAUGAUGAGGGAAAUCCGAUUGGAGCGUUGCUUUCAAUUGCGCCAAAACCGACUUCGAUCUUUAACAAAGUGAAAGGAAUGGUCGAUCAGGCUCAAUCACCACAUCAAGCUGCUAAACAACCAAUCGGCGCCACUCCAUCACAACAAUCUGGCCAUAUCGGCAACAAUUAUGUAACAUUUAUGCGUGGAUGUACUGAGCAAUUGAGGCAAAUUGUUGUCGAUGAAGUUUGGGUGAAUCGAGUUUUUGAGCAUUGGUAUGACAAUCAAAUGAAAAUGAUCAACGAGUGGUUGACAGAGAGAUUACAGCAAAAUCUUAGCCCAUAUCAAUUCACAUGCUUGUCUUUUAUUGUAAAGAAAGUCUACUCCGAUUUCGAGCUACAAGGGAUUGAAGAAGAAAGAUUGAACAAUAAAGCUCAUCAAUCGAUUGCGAGAAGGAUGCAAGUCGAGGAGACGAAUUGUGCUUUACAUGAUGCAUCAGCGGCCACUCACUCGUCAUCGGGUUUAUCAUUGGGUGGAGCAUCAGCAGCCGUCUCAAAUAUGUCAAAUCUUGUUGAAGGAUCGGCGGCUAGAGUUUUCUCGUUGUUUAAA